AUGUGUAGCCAUUCUUGCUUUUAUCGUUCGCUUGUAUAUCUUCACGUUCUAAUCGCCAUCUUUGAAUCUGCCACAACCAUUGGGUUAUUCGUCUUGAUCUCCAUCACUCAUCAAGAAUUAUUUUUCAAAACCAAACAUCCCGAAGAUGGUGAUCUGCAAGCAGUUGGUACUAUAAAUAUAAUAAUCAUUUUCGUUCUAUUUCUUGCUGGUGCAAUUCGCACAAUAAUUUUACUCGUAUUCGUCUUUCUAGUAUUACUCAUGCCCAGUGUAUGUUUUUGCAUGCUAUGCAUUCCACACUGUCGAAAUCCAUAUUGUAAACUAUUGAGAUCGAGAUCAACCAAUCGAUUUCUUUCAUUUAAUUGCAAUUGCCCAUGUUAUCGUGCGCGUCCAAAAUUACGCUUUCAGAUGCAAUUUAUAUUGAUUAUAUUUAUCUCAUGUAUUCGUAUAGCAAUGAUAAUCUUCUGUUUCACCAUCCAACACAAUAUUGCAACGAAAAGUCUUGCUGUUAUCGUUGCCAUUUCAUUCUUCUUUCUGAUAAUCACUUCUCUCCUAGAUUUCUAUCACUAUCGUGUAUGGUGGCAUUACAAACCGAUCUUAAGUAAAACUACGGAACACGUUGAAAUACCAACGGCACCACUAUCGAAGAAACACCAACGUUUUAUUCCUUAUCAUUUAUUGGGUGACAAUCGUACUACACAUUUCGGCGAUAAAGCCUGUUCGAAUAACCGAUGUCAAAACCGUGAUUUAGAACACAUAUUUAUCUUUCAUUUCAAAGGUUACAAUCCCCAGCCACGUUACUUUGAUCUCGACGAACGAACGCGUUACAUUGGCUUCCAUCAAACAGAUCCGGAGUCGGCAAUACAAAUUGCUCAUUCUGACUUUCGAAUCAGCGUCAAACAUGAAUGUAGCAUGUUAGGUCAUGGCGUCUAUUUUGCUCGAUCGAGAGAAGGAACAGACAGGAAAGCGAAUCGUCAAGGUGCGUUUAUAUGCGCCGAAAUUAACAUGGGAAGAGUGCUGAGAGUGAAUGCACACGAAAGAAAUCUGUAUCGCGGUAAAAAAGAUUGGUGGACGACCCAUGAUUCAGCUUAUUUCUGUCAUCCGGAUGCUGCUUUUGAUGAAUUCUGUAUCAAAGAUCCAUCUCAAAUUCUCAAAUGGAUCAUGGUGAUCGAGAAAAACGAUUCGAAAGUUGAACUUUAUGGCUUAGAUCAAGAAUUUGAUGAUACGAAAUGUUCGUGUAUCUAG